AAAAUUAAUGACCUCUCAUCAAUGAAGCUUGCUGUACGCGACCGAACAUGAAAAAAAUGUGGUCGGCAGGUUUACACCAGAAUCGUAUACUUGCUUUUCACAAGCUAGCAACCCCGCAUGCUCUACACACGUCGUGCUGGCUUUAAUUCAAUUCAAGAGACGUCAAACCUUUUUGCUCUCUCUCUCUCUAGAAAUCCGAGCUUUGAUCUGUUCAUCCAUGGCUGUCCUGAACCGUCUUCUGAGAAGCUUGACCUUGUCACUCACACUCCGGAGGAGCUUAUCAUCUUCAUCUUUGAAUUCGGGAAUAGGCCUCGGAGGAGCACCACCACCGCCGCCGCCGCCGUCUUCUCUGAAUUUAAGUCUGGGUGGAGGAGGAGGAGGAGGAGACACAACAAACACAAAGAACAGGAAUGUGCAGUGGGUGUUUCUUGGUUGCCCAGGCGUCGGCAAAGGUACCUACGCCGGUCGCCUCUCUCACCUCCUCCGUGUCCCUCACAUCUCCACCGGCGAUCUUGUUCGCGAAGAGCUCUCCUCCCUCGGCCCCCAUUCCUCUCAGCUUGCAGAGAUUGUUAACCAAGGGAAAUUGGUUUCAGAUGAAAUUAUUAUAAAUUUGUUGUCCAAACGUCUUGAAGCCGAAGAAGCUAAAGGUCAAUCAGGAUUUAUUCUUGAUGGUUUCCCUCGAACUAUAAGACAGGCGGAAAUUUUAGAGGGAGUGAUGGACAUUGACCUGGUAGUCAAUUUGAAACUUCGGGAAGAAGCAUUGCUUGCAAAGUGCCUCGGAAGAAGGAUUUGCAGUGAGUGUGGAGGGAAUUAUAAUGUUGCCUGCAUUGACAUCAAGGGUGGAGAUGGAAGCCCUGAAUUGUACAUGGCACCGCUUCUUCCCCCACCUCAUUGUGCAUCAAAACUUAUCACCAGGUCUGAUGACACUGAAGAAGUUGUAAAGGAACGCCUCCGAGUAUACAAUGAAAUGAGCCGACCUGUGGAGGAAUUCUAUCGCAGUCGUGGGAAGUUGUUAGAGUUUGAUCUUCCAGGGGGAAUCCCAGAAUCCUGGCCAAAACUACUUCGAGCAUUGAAUCUGGAUAAUCACGAGUACACCACAUCUGCAGCAGCAUAGAUUCUUGCAGUGUAGAUAGUGUAUUAUUAUCAAGGUUUUUUCCUGAGAAGAUGGUUACAACUGUCUUUCACUUGUGCACAUCUGAAUAAUGCCAAGCAAUUUUUGAAGUUGAAAGUCUCUAGCAGUGCGAAGUUCCAAAUCGACUAUUGACUCUACUGUAUCAACUUUAUCCAUUCUUGUAUUGUACGUAGUUGGGAAAAAAGAAGAAGAAAAGAAAUAACCCCAUGGUCUAAACUCUGGUGUUUGUGUGGGGUAGAAAUUUGGAUACUAAUAAUUGAAACAUGAGUUUGUCACUAUUCGAUACUGACCAACCAUUUGAGGUAGAAGUUCUGGUGGCAGGGGAAGCUGGAAUUGAAGAUUUAUGAUUAUUUACUGUUAAUUAAGGUUAUUUAGGUCCUGUUUGGUAUUGUUUUCAAUUUUUGUUUUUGUUUUUCUUGUUUUUAGAAAUAAAAAUAAUAAGUUCAAAAAGCUGAUGUCAUUGUUGUUAUUAUUGUUAAUUUUUUUUUUUCUUUUUUGAGGGAGAUGUCAAGGUAUGUUACUACUAUCAAAAUAAAACAAAAUUAGUUGCUCCUAAUGUCAAAA